AUUUUCGGGGAAUUUCAUGAACCGUGCGGGGUUGUAAACUUAAUAAUUGUGUCUGUUGAGUACUUAUGUAUCAAGGCACUAACGUUUAGGGUUUUCAUGGUUAAAAAAUAUAAAUUCUAUGUCUGUAUCUAAUUAAAGUUCUUUUCUUACGCAAUAUUUUAUUAUAAUUGGUUUUCUGAGCGUUUUCGUAUUUUCGAGGUUGUGUUCUAAGUUUAAUUUUUUCUGGUGUGACUAAAAGUUGUCUGAUACUAAGUACGCGUGUGUGUAAAUAUGAUAGCGGACACGUACACGGAUAACUGCGAAACUUGCGUUGUGUGUUUCAAGAAUGUCACAAUAUUUUCAAUUGGCGAUUGCGACCAUCCCGUAUGUUAUGAAUGUUCUACCAGAAUGCGUGUGCUAUGUCGUCAGAAUGAAUGCCCUAUAUGUAGACAAGACAUGCCGAAGGUUAUUUUCACCAAACAUGUUCGUCCGUUUAAAGACAUUCACAGUUACACGUAUCCAAUGGAUAAAAAAUUUAAGAUAUGUUUCGAGAGUCCUGAUAUUCAGGCAGCUUAUGACAAAUUGCUGGAGCACGUGUGCACCAUUUGCAGGAACAGGCCAGCUUUCAGAACGUUUCAAAACCUGAAAGAUCACAUGCGAAAGGAACAUGAACUCCAAUACUGUGAUUUGUGUGUGGAAAAUCUGAACAUCUUCACGGCGGAGAGGCGCUGCUACACGAGGCCGGAGCUCGCGCUGCACAGGCGCAAGGGGGAUCCAGACGACCGGUCGCACCGGGGCCACCCCUUGUGCGAGUUCUGCCAGCACCGCUACAUGGACAACGACGAGCUGUUCCGGCACCUGCGCCGGGACCACCUGUUCUGCCACUUCUGCGAUGCCGACGGCUAUCACCGCUUCUACAGUACGUACGACUGCUUGCGUGAGCACUUCAACACAGAUCACUUCUUGUGUGAGGAAGGAGAAUGCAUCAACGAAAAGUUCACCUCUGUGUUCCGCACCGAGAUCGACUUGAAAGCGCACCGUGCUCUGGUGCACGGCCGCACCAUGGGCAAGGCCGCGGCGAAGCAGGCCCGCACGCUGGAGCUGGAGUUCACCCUGGCCCCCCGCCCCCGGGACAGGGACAGGGACCGCAGACCCCGCGACAGGCACGAGCUAGAGGCGGCCGCGGACGCUCCCCUGGCGUACCAGCCCAGCGCCAUCAGCGCUGCGGAGUUCCCCAGCCUGGGGGAGCCUCCCCGGCCCGGCGGCGGAGUCACCGUGCGAGCGUCGCGCCACGCCCAGCCGCCCCUCGCCGUCACCGACGAGAACUUCCCCGUGCUGGCGUCUGGCGCGGCCACCGCCACCAAGACGGUGCGGCUCAGCGUGAACGGCGGGCCCGGCCCGGAGCCCCUCGGCAACGGCCCCAGACCGACCAACCUGUCCAUCCAUGUGAACCACCGGCCCGGCGGGGCGGUGGCCAGGCUCUCCGGCAGCCAGAGCGCGCGCUUCCGCCCGCCCGUGGGGGGGGAGGACUUCCCGUCGCUGCCCAAGGCCAGCAAGCACCUGCCCCAGGCCUCGGCCAAGACGCGGGCGCCAGCCGCGCCACCGCCCACCGCUGCCGCCGCCACCUCGCAGCCCAAGAAGGCCACGCACGUCACCAUCCCGAUGGGCCAGGGCAACCAGGAGCCGGACCUGCUCGGCAACGUCAAGGUCAAGUCGAAAAAGAAGAAAGCCAAGAGUCAGAAUGUCGCCGCAGACCCGCAGAGUGAUAAGAGUGGCGCUGCCAAGACCGCAAACCCGCCGGCCGGUUCUGCGAAGGCCUCCUCGGGCACGGAGGAGUUCGAGCAGCUACUGAAACAGCAGCUGAUGCUACAGGAUCCCAACAAGCACAGCAAUGGGACCGAGGACAAGGUGGGGAAUGCGAGUUGGAAGCGUACGGAGCGUAAACGCUCGGAGCUCAUGGUCGGCAAACUUUGUCAAGGGGAAGGUAGCGGAAGGAGCGACGAGCAGCGACGUGGUCUCGACGGUGACGGGGCGACGCCGCAACCGCCCCCUGGUUUCUCCGGCAUCACCGUGUCGAGGGGCCCGCCGCCCGGCUUCUCGGUGAAGCUGAACUCGGUCGCCCGUCCCCAAGCCAACAGACUGACGUUCACCAGCAGCAGUGGUCGGUCCUACCCCAUAUCCUCCCAGGGGCUGGUCGCCGGUGCCGGGCCUCCGUGUGCCUACCACCCGCCCCAGAACUUCGAGCACCGCAACGAAGUGCUCAUGAUUCGGGUCAUGAACUCUUUACACAGUUACUCUUUGGAACGGUUCCGUGAGAUGUCGAAAAAAUUCAGGCAGGGAAACAUGUCUGCAGGGGAAUUCUACGAGUUGUGCAAAGAUAUGAUGGGUCAUGAUGCAUUCUUGCAGAUAUUCCCAGAACUGAUUGUUCUUCUUCCAGACAUCACAAAGCAACAAGAGCUGUGGAGCGUUCACGUGCGAGCGAGCGGCGCGGGGCAGGACCUGCGCACGUGCGCGGAGUGUGGGCAGGUGAUCUCGCACGCAGACGCACGGCACCACGCGGCCAGCCAUCCAGCCGUGUCUAGCGCGGCCGCUCUGCCCCGGGCCGACUGACGCCCACUGUAGCUGCAUCGCGCGUGUCUAACCAUCGUCGAGAAGAACGUGUGUAUGUAUAUAUGUAAAUAUCACGCGAGCAUUUGUUACCUACAUUAUUUUUAUACCAGUCAACAAAUGUCGACACACGGUAAAUUCUCGUGGCAAGUUACAUGUAGAUCAAGAGCCAUUUUUUUUUUUUUUUUUUUAUGAUGGGAAUAUAAAUGUUGCUGUCUCUCUAGUUUGUCUUCUGGUGAAAAGUAUCAAUCUGGCUGUAAGGUGGCAAAAAUAAUUUUUUUGGAUUUUGUGUGCCCGUUACUCGCGUAAGUUUAUCUCUGAAAUCCCACCAUGAAUUCACAACUUUCUAUAUCGAAUAUCAUUUUAUUUACACAAUUUGCAAUGGCUGGUAUGAUAAAUUUUUGGACUCCCAAGUGUGUGAAGAUUUGUUGAAAAAUAACAUGAUUUUAUUUUAUCAAAAUACCAUGGAUUAGUUUUGUAACCAAUUAAAAAAAAAUUCAGUUAUUUAUUGAAACUUCUACAUGUACUUUUUAUGAUUAAUGGUUUGAAAGAACAGUUAAAUUUUGAUUAACAAUCAUGUGUUAAACCACAAGAUUCUGUUAUCCUUCUCAUCAUCAGAAUAAAAGUGUAAGUAUCGACAAACAAAUUGACAUCUUUAAAAUCAUUCACAGUUUACUUGCACAUACUGAUGUGUAUUUUGAUCAACUUGUGAACUUAAAUACAAUAUGUAGUUGUGUUAUUUAAUUUAAAAAAAUAUAUAUUUUCAUUUUUUGUCCCAAGCCUGCAGUGAAAUCAUGUUACUGUACAGACGUAUUAAGAGGUUUUUAUUAUCUGUCUAUUCGGAUAUCCUUCUCAGCCCUAUCUGUACAUGACUGUGAUCAGUUUUACUGAACCCUAAAUUUAAUUGUGACAAAGAGAAAAAUUGGCUGCUCUUUCAUAAGCUGGUUCUAGUAGACACUUGCAGAAAUGAAAUAUUUGAACUGUGCAUAAAUAUCUUUUCUACCAAGUAGAAAGCCCACCCCAACAUGAUGUCUAAUUUCUUGAACUUUUUGUUAGUGAAAAUAAAUAUUACAAUGGAAAAAAAAUAAUUUUUGGUUUUCAUAAACUUUUUUUCUUCAUUAAUAAAUUUUUAGUGGCAAUUAGUUUUUAUUAUUUGAUUGAAAUGGUUGUAGUACAUACCUACUUGUGUAUUGUAUGGAAUUCUUUUUAGUUGAAAUUUUUAUGUUGAAUUACUCCAAUUUUUGAACAGCAUCCCGGCAUUUCUCAUAUUCAAUAUAAUGAAGUCAUUUUAUUAAAUAUUUUUAAUGGAGUGGAAAGUACUUACCUGUGUGACUAAAAAUAACAAAUUAUUCUUGAAGGUGUGCAAUUUUUCAGUACAUAUUUUUACUUACCAGAAUUUACCUUAAAACAGUUAAUUUUUUACAGAAAUUGUAAUUAGUUAGUACAUAACAAAGUACGUAUAAGUUUUACUUCAGUUGUUAUGUACUCUUAUUUCUUUCUGGGUUGGUUUGUAUGAGCCUGAAGCCUGGGUUUUGACCCAGGCCUCAUGCAGAUUGUAGUCAACACUUACGAAAUACAUUAUGAGCAGCACAGCUACUGUGAACAGCAUCAAAAAUGUUUCGAACAUACGAAGUUGCACUCAUGGCUUGCUACAUUUUGGUGUGUUGAAGUGUGUUGCAAAAAAAUGCAAUUGCGUUAGCGUGCUCCAAAGUGUUAACGAUACAUGCUGUAUUUACCUGAAUAUAACGCUAUAAUUUUUACCAAAAAUGUGAAAAAUAAAACUGGGGGUCGCAUUGUAUCUUGCCAUUAGGAACGGCUUAGUUGAAAACUAAGUGUGUCGUGGACCUCCGCGCAGGCGUGACGGAUGAGAGAUGCAGGAAGGAGAGGUGCAAAUGGAGUUUGUCUCUGGGUUUUCCUUCUGCUUCUCUUCACUGGCAGACAAUCUCCGAGCUCUGACCACCGCACAUCACCACAUUCUUUGCUUUCUGAACACCCACCGCUUUUGAACUACAUAGUCUUUUUUUUUUUCUAACUGUGGUUUGGUGUUUCAAAAGAGACCAUGUAAAUUACUCCACUGAUGAAAGUGGCACCAGAAUGGGACUAGUAAAUAUGGAAUAAAUUUAAUAAUUAAGAUAUAUUUCAAAUGCUACGUACAUUUCCAAUCCGUAAAGCCUUUUUCAUAAACUCGUUAUCAAAAAGUUUGGUGUCACGCAAUAUUUUCUGGUAAAUACAGUACUUCCUUUUGUGGACAGGGAGAUGUUACUCUAGCUAUUCUAUGAUGUGAGUUUGAGUGAUGUUAACUGAUAUAAUCUAUUAAUCUUCCAACGUUCCUGCAAGAAGCUGUUGAAAUGGAAUUUGUGCCUUCCGUUUUUCAAAAACGUAGACCUAUUUUGUUUUUCUUUCGGCUGUAAUAGGUAAUAUACGCCUUCCUAAAGUGUCAAUUUGUUUGAAAGAUGUCCACUGUUUAAUAAAAUUAAUAUUUAAUUAUGUGGUAGCCUUAUCUUUGUUCACAAGCUACUGAAAACUAUUGCAAUAAAUAUUACAACGAUGUGAGUUCGCAUGCUGAAUAUUUUAACUUUGCAUGCCUAUUAGCUUGACUGGCAGAUUAUUUUUAUUGUAUGCAACAUUGCUCGCCUCAGUUUAAGAAAGUAAUCCGGAUACAAAUAAUUUACUGUUUUUUACGCUAAAAGCACAUAAUCUUGUUCUAGUCUUAAUACCUUCAUGCAGUGUUUUUGCAAACCUUAAAAUUGAUUUGUUUUUGCCUGAAAAUUAUUUCUAAGUUUAGUGUUACCUUAACCAGGAAGUAACAAAUAUUUGCUGUUAAUAAUAGAUUUUGUAUUACUUUGUGUUUAAAAGUACAAAGACAGUGGAAAACAAAACUAUAUGAAUGGUGAAACAUUUUAAUUAUUUAAGUUGUCUAAGCGUUUUUGAGCUGUCCAUGUGUACCUGUUUAACAUAUGCUCAUAUAGAAAAUAAUCGUUUAUAGCUCAUUACCAUUGAACCAUAUUUUUUACUCCCACUUGAUUAUACUUGACCAUUAUGUGACCAAAAAAAAUGCAAGUGUAUAUAAAGCCCUUAAUUUUUAAACUUUCACAUGCAUUUUUUCCUGAUUUCUUGGAAAGUAAAAAUAAUGUGUGUCAGUGGUAUAAAAUGUUAUUUUGUUGUCUCCAUUGUGUACAUGUGCGGUGGAUUCAAAAAGUAUACAACCUAUGGUCGAAAUCCGAAAUACUAAUCCCCUUCAAAGUAAUCUCCUUGCUAACGCACACACACUUCUCCCAGCGCUCCCGCCAUUGUUGGAAACACUUCUGGAACACAGUUUGUGGAAUGGUUAGCAGCCGUGUCGUUGCAUUCCACAUGAUGUCUUCUCUCGACUCAAAUAAAGUCCCUUCCAGCGGCAUUUUCAGCGUGGAAAAUGGCCUGAAGCCACAUGGAGCCAUGUAGGGUGAGCGGGAAGCCUGAGGAACUGCCGGACUGUUGUGUUUGGCGAUGAAAUGCGCAGAACGAGCGGGUGCGUCACGAUGGAGCUGCCAAGUUUUUGCCGUCCACAGACCUGGUCGUUUGCGCCGCACAGCAUCACGAAGGCGAUGGACCUCCUGGUAGUACUACUCCUUUGUGAUUGUCUGGUCUUGUGGUGCGUACUCACGAUGCACCACACCACAGGAGUCGAAGAAAAUGGUCAACAUGACCUUGACGUUGCUGCGAACCUGCCGUACCUUUUUUUUUUUGGUCUUGGGGAUGAUGGAUGUCGCCUCUGUGACUGCAUCUUGGUCUCUGGGUCGUACCCAUAAACUAAUGUUUUCGUUGCCUGUGAUUACGGUGUUCAAAAAGUUGGGGUCACUGUUUGCAGUGUCCGGCAUGUCCUGUGCUCCAUUGUUAGCAACUUCGGUAAAAAUUUCGCGGACACUCUCCUAAUGCCCAAAUUCUCGGUCAAAAUUGAAUGUACCGAUCCGAUGCUUACCCCUAAAUCGUUCAAAAUUUCUCGGACUGUGAUACGAUGGUCCUGCUAGAAGACGAUCUGCACUUGCUCAAUGACUUGUCGUUCCGGCUUGUUGAGAGCCUACCUGAACGUGGUUCACUGUCCACUGAUGUGCGGCCAUCUUUGAAGCGGCUGUACCACUCCUUUGAGUGCGGUGCUCGUGGCAUCGUCCACGAAAGCCUGUCGAAUCUUGCGAAUGGUUUCCAAAUGGGUAUCACCACUCUUUUGGCAAAAUUUGAUGCAAUAUCGCUGCUCAAGAUUUCUAUCAUUUUAGUAAAACUGAAAUCUGACGACCGCUCACUACACUUCUUCACUCGUUGGCCGACUGCCAGGGAUUGACGCUUCCGGCGGCCGGGAAAACAUUCACGACUGCGCAUGAGUGUCCCCUCCACAUCCACACUGAAGGAAGUUUUCUGCAGUUCAUUGGUUUAUGCAGGAAAAAAUAAGGUUUAAUACUUUUUGAACACACCUCGCAUAGUGCUGAGGUUGUUUUAUAGUUUCCACCACAUUGCCCCAUCUGCCUCUUCAGCACCUAUCUUCCCACAAUCCUUUUAUCUUCUACACUCGGUUUAUAAUUCUCUUAUGGCCUUUCUGAGGGCCCUCCAGCCUCACGUUAGUGCAUCAACCACGUUGGAAGGCUCUCGACUUCAAUGCGGCCACCUCUACAAUAGCCCUGUUCCUCAUCAAAUAGCACCCAAUUGCAUAUGGUGAAGCAAGGUUAUGUUUUUCUUUAUGUCCAAGACCAAGUAAUAAUGCCUAAUAUUGAAGGUGCAAAUUUCAUUAUUAACCUCAUUUUGUAUGCUGGAAAUGAUGGUGAAAUUAUAUUUUUCUAAAUCCUUUCCUUGUACAAAUAUUAAUUUUAAGAAUGGUCUUAAGCUCUACUUUUUUAGGCACGUUAUGGAAAAAUUAUGAGUGAAUUUUUACGUUGCGCAUGCAACAUACAUGCAACACAGUUUUCACAGGAUGAAAAUAAAGGCUACAUACAAAUAAAAAUUAUAUAUGGCCAUAUAAUUAAAACCAUUUAUUUAUUGUGUGUAUAAUUUUAUAUAGAUUGUGUUUAUGAACUUUUUCAAUUGUAUUUUAGUAAGGUUAUGUU